GAUUGGUGAGCGACACUCGGUGACGACUGGCUGGCCGCGCCGCACCACUGCGCCGCCGACGCUCGCACGGCCUGCACGUCCACCCGCCACCCGCUCCUGCCGCGACCUGCCGCCCGCAGCCGCCCACGCCGCCCGCGCGCCCACGGCUCGAGCACCGCCAGAUAGUCUUAGUUAUUGUUGCGCUGCGUCGGUUCACCCAGAGACACUCGGUGAGAUAAUCAGUGGUGUUGGGAGACUGUGUCUGUUAAGUGGUGAGACACAAGCAUGGAGGACAGCUCUAUUCCCGACGAUUGCAGAAGUGUCCGCUCUGGGGGGUCCAUUAGUGGGCGGUCACCCCCUCCACUGUCACCCGUCAUCACCAGCAUGGUAAACUGUGUGUCUCCGAGCAGCCCACCACCGCCCCUCAUGGCCGCCCCUCCCCUCUCCGUGCCCGGACCCUCGCCGCCCGGAGGGCUUUCACCGCCCAUCUUUCCCUCCCCACCACCCACGUCCCGCCCGCCGCCCUUCCUCCCCGCCCUAUAUUUCUCUCACGCCUACAACUCGCCGCCGCCCAUUCACACGUCGGAUCCAACAGCCAACGACUGUAAGCUGGUGGAGUACCGCGGGCAGAAGGUGGCAGCCUUCAUCAUCAACAAUGAGUCGAUGCUGUGCCUGCCACAAGCCUUCGAGCUGUUCCUGAAGAACCUGGUGGGCGGCCUCCACACCGUCUACACCAAGCUCAAGCGGCUGGGGAUUGAGCCGCUGGUGUGUAACGUGGAGCAGGUGCGGGUGUUGAGGGGCCUGGGGGCCAUCCAGCCGGGCGUCAACAGGUGUAAGCUACUGGCCGUCAAGCACUUUGACAUCCUCUACAAGGACUGCACCACCGCCAGACUGAUAUCAGGGCCAGGACGCCCUCCGAAACGCCCACAUGAGAUUCUGGGGAUGAGUGGCCUCCCUGGUCCUUUAGGGCCAGGUGGGCUGCCGCCGCCACACCUCUCGCCGGAGGCACUGAUGGCGCUGAAGAAAACCCGCAUGGACGCCCGCGACUUCCCGCCUUUCAUGAACGGCGGCGUGCAUGGUGAGUUGCGCUCCUUCAUGAACGGCGGCGUGCAUGAUAACGAGAUCGAGAAGUCACCUUUAUUGUCAAAUGGGUACAACCCUCCCCCCAAGGGCUUGAUGGCCCAGUACAUGGCCCUAAAUGGGGGUAUGCCCCACCCGGCGCUCCUGGCCCACACUGGGCUUCCCUUGCCGCCCCACCCCGCACCAUGGGCCGCCCAUGCUACAGACCACCCCUUCAAGAACGGACCCCCACCUGACAGCCUCGCACGAUCGAUGGUGUGGGAAAACUGUCGAGCGUCGUAUGAUGAAGUUCUCAAACAUCUGGAGAGGAUACGUGAGGAUCGUAACCGAGCAGACCGGGUGUUAGGACUGGACAGGGAUGAGCCUGCAGACCGGCCAGCCUCCCCGCAUAAAACAAAUGACCACCACCAUCACCACCACCACCUUGCAACCCUUCAGUCACGCCUGUAUCCUGACCGCAUCUAUCCUGACCGCAUGUGUACACCUCCUGCAGGAUACGGAGAGAGCGACGCGCUGAAUCUGAGCAGUAAGAGCGACUCCCGGGACGACCUGAGUGAUGCCCCUACGCCCCGAGACGACCGCGACGACAAGGAUGAUGGACUCUCCGACGCAGACGACCUCGAUGAUAAGAAUGACCUGAGCGAUAGGGAGGACUUCGACUACCCAGACCGCCCCUCACUACACUACAACAACAAUAACCUCACCUCCGCCGCCAACAACAACAACAACAACAGCAGUUCAAUCGUGGGUGUGGCUGGUCUGGCAGGAGGUAUGAGUAACCUUCUCUCCGGCACCAUCAGCAGCAGCAGCAGCAGCAGUAGUGUACCAACGCCCACCACCUCACAAAGCUCCGCCCUUCUUCCUGUUAGCGAAGACCGUUUACCUCCAGGUUUGAGUGGGCUGGCGGGACUUAGCAUGGGCGGCUCAGGAGACGUGACGACGGCCACUCCGCACCACCCGCCCCUCUCCUCGCUUGAGAACCUCCUGGGCAACAUUCAGAACCUCCUGAAAGUGGCAGCAGAGAGCGUCAGGCACGAGGAAAAACAGUGGAUCAGAGAGAAGGAGCACCUUCAGCUGGAGUUCCAGAGGCAGAAGGAGAUGCGGGAGAGACUGGAGAAGCAACUGGUCGAGGACGAGAAGGUCAAACUGCUGUACCUGCGUAAGUUGAAGAAAGAGAAGCGAGCUCGGCGGCGCCUGGAGGAGGAAUUGACGGAGAAAUUGAAGCGACUCUCACAAUAUGAACCUAACGCCAAGGAACUGCUCAGGGCUGCCGCGGAGUCACUGGCCAAGGAGGGAGUCAACAACGCGGCUGUUGCGGCUGCGGCAGCGGCGGCAGCGGCUGCGGCCUCCGGGGGAUCGUCAGGACAAGGCGACAACCCGCACCACAGCCCCAAAUCCCACCAGUCGCAGCAACAACAACAACAACAACAACAACAACAGCAACAACAACAACAACAACAACAGGACUUACAGGACGUCCGCACCUCCCAGAACGAGGGUCCACCUGUGUAUUUCAACAAAUCGAUGCUCUUCAACUGCACAGCCUAAACCCAUUAACACAACCCUCAAGUACACACCAAGUUAACAAAAAGUGGAGUAGUAAAGUGUGGCUGUGUGAAUCUGCCAUUCUCGCUGUCUACUGCUGCCUCCCUCCCUCCCCCCCUCUCAGGCUGGUGGUGGGGGCUGCAACGACGCUGGACCAGACCAACCAUGGACCACCCUCUCCUGAGACUCCGCCUGGCUGUCGACCUUACCCAGAUGGACGCAUAGCACUUUCUUACUUCCAACAAGGACCCGGAGCUGCAAGGAGCCAAGAGUGUGCUAGGUGCUAUGGUCGGUCUUCAGGUUGGGUGCCACACGAAUCUAAACCUUACGGAAGACGAACUGGCUAAUAACACCUUCUGGUUACGACUGAAGGCAGGGACGGACGUAAAGGUUACAAAAACCCCCUCUAGGAGUAUGAGUAGUUUAGGGCGAUAUUCUGUUAGUCUAUUGCUUGUUUUCCGACCUUUUUUGAAGAGAGUGGGUUAGCUGUGUCUUGGUCCGAGUACAAGUCGUGAGGUCCUCCUGCACGAUUUCCGACGGUGUGGUUGAACCUCAGCUUGGAUCUGAAAUCUUUGCUGCCAAUUACGUGUUUUUGUCGUGUCGGAGUUCUGAGACUUCCUUCACGUGAGGACAAGAAGUAAAACAAAACAAAAUCACAAAAAAACAAAAAAAAUAUGUUAACAAAUAAUAAUAAUACAGAAAUAUCCUCAAGAUAAACUCGUACAAUGGACACCUCCCACCCUCCCAAAGUUGUGGAAAGGGAUAAAAAGAAAAACAAAAACAUUAUGUAUAUUUUAACAGUAGUCGACAAGUUUGAGAACUGACGAUAAACCUUAAUAGUAUGUGAGAUAAAGAGAGACAGAUAGAGAAAGAAAGAUAGAGAAAUCAAAUAAAUAAAUGAGUGAUUGAUAAACUCGGAAGAAACUCCUAAACUGUUAUUUAAUUCCUCAUCAAAACACUAAUGUUAAUGUCCAAAAUAAAUAAACAAAUAAAAAAAAAAAAUUAAAGAAAAAAAAAAUAGUGCGAGGGAUUAUGUGAAGUUGAAACAAAAGUACAUUUCUAAGUUAAUCUAUACAACUCUUUUGUUUACAUCGCUGUUCGUGUGUUUUAAUAAAGACCCUCCCCCAAAAAAAUAAUAAUAAAAAAUAAAAUAAAAGUCAUCUGGUAUCUUUUUAUUUAAUAGAUGGAUGAACACAUGGAAAACAAUAAUAGAAUGACUUUAUUCCUUAAUUAAUGGUAGACUCUAAGGUGUAUCCAAUUGAAGAUGUUAUUGAAAGAAAAAAAAUAUAUAUAUAUCAUCGUGUUAGAUUUUUUUUCAACUGAGUGAUUUAUUAAUACAGAAAACAAGAUUAUUUAUUAUUAUUAUUAUUAUUAUUAUUAUUAUUAUUAUUAUUUUUGGUUUAUUUUGGUCAAUUAGUUUAUUGUGAUGAAGGCAUUUCAAUCAUUUUUACGGCAUUUUUGACCUCCCCCACCUCCUCCUCCUCCUCCUCGUUCCCCCUACCCCACACACACACACACCCCUAUUUAGUGUUUAUAAGAAGGAGAGGUGGAUGGGACCACCUUUAGAGUGCGUGAGUGACUGAGUGCGUGAGUGACUGAGUGCGUGAGUGACUGAGUGCGUGAGUGACUGAGUGUGUGAGUGGUGUUUGCUUAUGUACUAUACCACCGAGCCUAUGUGAGUAUUAAGCCUCCCCUUUUAACACGUGUUUUGUGUUAUUAAUUUUACCUGUAAACUUACCUUUUAUUUCCUCACGGGGUAAUAAUGUAAUUGAUUGGAAAUUAAAUUAUUGAUAAAAAAUAACUAAAAAAUUUCUAUGGGAGAAUUAAAAAAAAUCCUUAGGUAGGUUUUUUUUUUAAGUUUGCGUAGUCAGAGAACACACAGAUAUCUGAAUGACACUUAAAUAGUGUUAACUUAUUAUGUCUCAACAAAUAAAUAAGUCUUAUUUAUUUUACAUGUGAUGAAAAAAAAAAUUACAAUUUCCAUUUUUUUUUCUUCUAAUAAUGUCUUAUACAUGUUGGGUAUUAUAACAGUAUUGUAAAGAUAAUAAUAUUAAUAAAAUCUUAAGAUGUGUUUUUGUUUGUUUGUUUGUUUUAGAUAAUUUUUUGUCUGUUUUUGUCUUGCAGAAUAAUUUUCAAAGUUAGGUUGUUUACAUGUACUUGUGAAAUCCAUUACUUCUAGUCAUUUCUGAUUCGUCGAUGCUAAAAACACACACACACACACACACACACACACACACACACACACACACACACACACACACACACACACACACACACACACACACACAUAAGGCCAUCAGAACCAAUAAGGAGAGACCUGUAGGAGUUUCUCUGGCUAUGCAUACGUGUCCAAUUGUUACCCACCACCCCAUACCCCCACCCCCCCUGUUACACGGCAAACAACCAUGAAUUACUCCUCACUGGACUAAACAAAAAAAUAAAAUAAUAAAUAAAUAAAAAAAACAAUCCCAAAACACCAUUCAUACUAAAUCAGUGACAUUGUAGAAUUUUCUCUUCAAACUUAAUUAUUAUAUAAACCCCCCCAAAAAAAAACUUGAAAAAAAACUUAAUAUUUGCUUUAGGUAUUUUUGUAGUUAAAACACACACAAAAAAAGGUGAGGAUUGUGAUUUAUGGUUUUUGUGCUUUAAAAAAAAUUAAUUAAAAUUACUGAACUUACGAGUCUAUUAUAUAAUCGUUUUACAAUAUAUAUAGCAGACAAACUUCUCAUAGAAACCAGAGCUGCUUUGUUCUCUAGAUGAUAAGACACAAAUGUAUGUACUUAUGGAAUAAAUGUCAGGAGUUCUCUAA